AUGGCUUUUUCCAAGUAUUGUUUCCUUCUCUCUAUGAUCAUCAUGCUGUCACUCGACGUGUGCAUAGCAGCUCGCUAUCUUUUGGACACACCAGCUGCUCCACCUCCAGCAUUGGGAUUGCCUACAAUCCCAUCUUUGCCCAAGGCUACAUUGCCUCCUCUACCAUCAGUGCCAACACUACCAACUACCACAUUGCCACCAUUGCCAACACUGCCAACUCAACCAACUCUUCCAAAGUCCACAUUGCCGCCAUUGCCAAGCACCCAAGUUCCGACGCUGCCAACCAUGCCCACAGUUCCCAAGGUUACGCUGCCUCCUCUGCCAGCUACUCCAUUGCCCACCAUUCCAACCACAAUCCCUUCAAUUCCCAACAUUCCAACCACAAUUCCAACAAUUCCUUUCUUCUCCCCACCCCCAUCAAAUUGA